UUGCCAAUUCCCAACAGAGUUGCGGCGAGGGGGUGGGCUUUUAUACGGCUAAUCAAUUUGUAUAGAAGAAGUCAGAUUCGUUUACUGAUACCAUUGUACUUGGUGUGUUUUGUCUGUGUUUUGUCUGUGUUUUUAUUGCCUGGGACAGUAGAUGCCGGCUAGCUGUAGGCCCGAGUUGUAUUGGGAUAUGGUCCGCAGGUACCCAGCUGAGAGGAGUAAUAGACCAGGAGGACCCGACGAAGUAGACGGCCUGGAUUUGCAUCCAAGACGCUCCUCCUAGAACCCCCGGGGCUUACACACCGAUACAAUGAAAUAUUAAUCGAGAGGUAAUUAGUGCUGGUGGAUCUUCGCGGCGUACAAGGCACAGGCCAAUCAACGGUCGGCUCUAAGCACGGCCGGAGACAGGACCAGCGCCACGGUGAUCUCAAUCGCAGCUCCGAACCACUGUUUGAUUUGUUAUUGUUUACUGUCAUAAAGCAACGUGUUUACGAAACAUUUGGCAGAUUAACUCUGGCAACCUUGUCCAUAAUACACUUCUCCUGCUCUGGCUCUACAAAGUUGAUGGAUUUCGUCUGCAGAAAUUUCUCCAAUGCCUGGCUGAUUUCAUGAAAUGUGGACCGUUAUCUCGACCAGGCUUCAUCAAACAUUCAUCGUUUUAUAAAUGUCAGUGAAGUGAUCAAUUUUCAUGCAGUCGACAGUUGUGCGAUGAACGAAUACUUCAUCUUGGAUCAAGUGACCAAUAAUUAGAUAACGAUCUUUGAUUGAAGAUAAUUAGUAAUUUAAUGUUUUAAUCACCUCCUCUUUUCCCAUAAGAUUAAUCGUUACCACCCUGACACUUGCUGCGUUCUAUUUUGGCGAAAGAAGUCCUUCAAUUUCUACAACUGGAUGCUACUUUUUUUCAAUCAAAUCCAUUUUUAAUCUGUGGCGACAAAAGUACAACGAGCGUCCAAUUUAAGACAGUUUCAUCAUGAAUUCAAUGUUCGAGUGUUUCGACCCACCGGGCUCCAAGUCGGCGUUCACCGAGUUCCAACAGUUCCACCAGUUCCACCAUCAUUUCACGGGGGGACCACCGGCACCUACUGCCCCGAUGACUGGGGUCUCAACCGCGGUACCACCGUCCCCGUACCCCGUGCCGCCGCAUCCCGGUAUGCAGUACACCCCGACGCCCGCCAGGUCGUUAUGUCCGCCGGGGACUGGCGCUCCAGAGACGGUCUAUAACACCGCGCCGUCCAUGCAACACUCCGUCAGACAUCUAGGCUAUUCCUUUCCCUUGAGUCCGAUGGGAAAUCACGGUCACCAUCCGGCCUACAAUCAUCACUAUCCAACGCCGCCAACAAGAGAAGAUUAUCCCCUUCAGUCAAAGCAAAGCAUUCUGGACAUGGAGGAGGAUGACCAAGCCCUGACCAAAGUCAACAGCAAGGGCAAGAAGCUGAGGAAACCCAGGACCAUCUACUCCAGCCUGCAACUACAGAAGCUGAACCAGAGAUUCACUAAGACUCAGUAUCUGGCGUUACCCGAGAGAGCUGAUCUGGCUGCUUCGCUUGGUCUCACCCAAACUCAGGUGAAGAUCUGGUUCCAGAACCGACGUUCCAAGUACAAAAAGAUUCUUAAGCAGCACGGUUCCACGCCAACGAGCAGCACGGGUAGUCUGGAUUCCGAGCAAGAUCCAUCCCAUACCCCGACCCUUCCCGAUGCGUUGAGUCCCCCGCCUACAGGACCGCACCCUCUCGGCUCGUCAGUUAUGCCCGCCCAUCAGCCAACCGGGGUAUCGUCUUGCUACAACCCAUCGCAGACUGUCAGUGAGGGAGACUCUGCGCACUCCAGCCCGGUGCCUUCCUGGGAUUACAGCGGGGAAAGCCUCAGCCAUCAGGCGCUUCGGCAGGGCCACGCCGAGAGCUACCCGUAUCAACAGCAGCAGCAGCAUUACUCGCACCAUCACCCUUACUCGUGGUUUGGUCAGGAUGUGAAUGCUGGAAUGCCUCCACAACAUCUCAUGACACCGGUGCCUCAAUGAAGACGAAGACAAACAAACAAACAAAAACAAACCAGCAACGGAAACGACUAAAACUUCAGACUCUUGUGAGCUGAGACUUGCGCUUCGCUUGAAGGUUUAGAUGAACGUAAAUUGAACUGUUGAUUUCUGCUCCUUGAACAUUAUACCGAAAAAGCAUGGGUUUUCUUCAGGACAGAUUACUUGAAACAUUCCAAACGAAGCCACUCUGCGAUUACACGGCAAAGUGUAACCAUUCAUAAGUUUGAGGAGUUUAUAGGUUUGCGCAUUUAUUGGUCAGAUUACGUAACUCGAUUAUCGCGGGAUUAUCGAAAUUGCAGAGAAACCAAAUACCUUCAUUUUGUAAAACAAAAACAAACAUUUAAAGUAAACGAUAUGAUGUAAUUCGUAUAGAUCAUUCCAAAAAAAAAGUGUAGAGGAGUCCAUGUACAAUGUAAUACCUAAAUUAUUUGCUACGCAAACCAUGUUUCCUAUUUUCUGUAUCUAUGAUAUACCUCUUUCUUUCAGUAACCAAGUAAAUACUGAUAGUUACAACGAUUUUUUUUUAAGAUUAUUUAUGGCGGACGUUUAUUUUGGUGGAUUAUGUUCGUAGUUUUUGAUAGAGUAUUACUCCCACGACGUUUGCCUUUUUAAUGAGUACGGCAUCUGAAAAAUAAAGUUUAAAAACUAAAUUUCUAACUUUCUAGCAUGGCCUAGGUUUUGGUGUUCAUAGAGAAGUCGCAUGAAAACAAAUCGGCACACGAUUGUGGUGAUCAAUUAAAGAAUUUGAGUUAAAAAACUUUGAAUUAGUAUAAAUAUCCCAUUUCCAGUAUAAAUAUCGAUCAUUCUUCGCGCGUUUAGUGUGCAUGGUGGAUACCACCUUUUUUUUAAAGACCUAACGCAAUGCAGAUUAAAUCCUCCUUUUGCCCCAUUUUUUGUUAAAUUGUCUUUCGUAAUUCGUUAGCAGUGAGUAAACUGCAUCAAAUAAAUCCUUCACAGCUUUAAAUUUGAGUAUGGCUGUUGAAGUGAUAUGCGCUAUAGAAGAACGGUUUUAAAAAAAAAUUAUUGUUAAGGGAACGACUUUUUUGACAGUUGCUCUUGUAAUUUGCUAAAGAUUUGUUCCAAGGAUCCUGUUCGUGUUAAAAAUUAUGUCAUGUUCAUGAUUAUGACCAUACUUAUCAUGUCUGGAUUUAUACACAAAUAAAAUAAGCAUUUUCAUUAGUAAAAGGG